CCCUCAUCAUUCUGUUUCUAUUGAUUCAGCUGAGCCUGCCUCAUCACAUGACGAUCUUGACCAGCUCUUCCCACUACCUGCCUUUGCUUCUGAUUCUUUUCUUCCUGAUGAGGAACCUUCUUCCUUUGCAAUCCUGAUUACUCAGGGUAUUAUGGCAUGUGGCACCACAGGAAGUAUUUCUGAUUUGAUGGAGCCAGUUUUCAAUAGUGAGUUAGGGACAGUAUCAGUUGAUUUACUAGAAGACUGGCUUUUUCUGAUUGCAUUAAAAAACUCAGAAAAUGUUGUUAAUCCAGCAAAAUCCAAGGUAAAGUUUCAGGGUAACUGGACAAGUGGAAAGGUAGUAGAGUCAAUUUUUAAUGUGUGUGAAUGGUCAAAAGAACCAAUUGAAGUGUCUUUUACAGCUGUGGAACUUUUUGAUCAAUUUCUGAUACAUCAUGUUCAGGACUUGUACAUGCAAGUAGAAAAAAAUAAAAAGUCAACAAGUAAGCCAGUAAUUUGGCAAGUUGUUGAAGACAGGAUUCAAAAGCAAAUGAUGCUUCGUGUUGUUUCCUGUGUGCAACUAGCUAGCAAACAACAUUCCCAUUGUAGGUGUAUUCAGGCCAUUAAUAUCAAGUCUUCUGUGAAUGUUCCUAAUGAGUACCAGAGUCUUAUGGAAGCCAAUGUGAUAUAUCUAUUCUUCUCCUCCUUAUAUGAACAAGCCAGUUGUUUUGCACAAACUUUUUCACCUUUGCCUGAGAAGCAAGUUUUGCUGUCCAUCCCCAGGCUUGAUAAAGCUCUGCUGGACUUAAUUCUCUUACUUCCUAGGGCUUCUACUGCAAGCAUGCAUGUGUCAGGAUUGGUAUUUUGGUCUUUGUCAACCUGGGAGGGUCAGGUUUAAUGUAGACCUCUUCCUUCCUUUGCUAUUUCUAUUAUUUACAAAUGCUAUAUAAGCAUUCAAGAAAUGAGAGCACUGAACUUAACACUGAUUUGAACUUCCCCAUUAAGGACUUCCCUCUCAUGGCCUUGAAACGCAUUCCAAACUGUGGCCAAAGUUCAAACACCCCUAACCCUUCCUGCGUGCCAUUUGUCUGCCAGUUUUACCAAAUUAGUGCAAAAAGAACAAAAUUUUGCAUGUCUCAGUAUCAAAGCAAGUACAUUUAGUCAGAGUCUAGCCUUACUCUCUGCCAACUUGAAAUAGUUGUAGAAUGUAGAAAGUUAUUUCCCCCACUUAAACUAAAAGAGAUAUUUACCUAAAGGUGGUCUCGUUGUUAAAUGCAAUGAACCUCAAGAAUACACACAUCUCUUGGCCCACUAGCUCAACACAGCAUUUGGUAGUAACACAACCAUACACACUUCCCAAAACACCUACCAGCACUACAUGUUUUUAAUAAAAAAUGUUGCCUUUGAUAUUGAAGACACUAAAAUCCUAGAUGAGCUGGUAGCAACAGGAUACAACUUCACAAAAGUAGAGAGGAUCACCUCCUUCAAAACAAUGCAAAAGACACCAAUGAUAAAAGUAAUACUGGAUAACAAAACAUAGUAUGAAUCUCUACUUUCCAAUGGAUGCACACUUUUCUCUAGAAAAUACUUAAUAGAAAUAGCUAAAGUAACACCUAAAUGCAUUACACAGUAUUGCAAAUGGCAAAAAUUUAGAGAGACAAAACCAUAUUGUAAGUCAACUGCCAGAUGUGCAGUGUUACACUAACGAAUGAUCACAAGCCACUUGUGCAAAUUGUUAGGGCCCACAGAGCAUCCCACCAUCUAACAAUUUCACGUUGUUGCAACAUUACAUAUUGGUUGCCACAACAUUAGAGGUUUACAUUGCAGUAGUGUAAAUUUGUGGACUCCCAGAAAUGUUUAUACAACAUUGUGGUUUUACGUUGCAUUGCUACUUUCCUACAACCAUUAUGCCACCAUUUUUUUUAACCCUAUCAGGACUGCCAGAGUGGCAUAAUGUCACAAGUGUUUUUCUCACACUUAUACUUAACCUAAUUGCAUGAAAUUUGGUACAUGCUUUUAAUAUGUAUUUCUGCUUGAAAAAUAUAACAAUCUGGUGUAGUAUUGAUAUAUUUUUGGUUAUGAAUUAAAAUUUUUGGAUAUAUUCUUGUGAAGCACUUUCUUCUUUUUUGUAUGUAAAAACACUUCAUCUUAGAAUUUCUGUUUUUGGUUAUUGUGUGUCCAAAAUCAUUUAAAUGUAUCCAGUAGUUUUUUUUUCAUUAAAAGUAUUUUUU